UAAUCUCUACACAUCAUCCCCCGUCCACUCCACCACAUCACGUGCACGCCUACAAAAAUUCCGAACCUUUGCGGACGUGUAUAAAUAUCCACACAACUUGCCUUAAGUUUUUGGAAUUCACCGUUUUCUCCUCACUCCCUAAAGUCUCAUUAAGCUCGGCUCUAACCUCUAAUGGCUGGGAUUGCAUUUGGCCGCUGCGAUGAUUCCUUCAGCGUUCAUUCGCUGAAGGCCUACCUUGCCGAGUUCAUAUCGACCCUUCUCUUCGUCUUUGCCGGGGUUGGGUCGGCCAUAGCUUACAACAAGUUGACAUCAGGCUCCGCUCUUGAUCCCACCGGCCUCGUCGCGGUGGCUAUCUGCCAUGGGUUUGCACUCUUUGUGGCCGUGUCCAUCGCCGCUAACAUCUCCGGUGGACAUGUCAACCCGGCGGUCACCUUUGGGUUGGCUCUUGGGGGACAAAUUACUAUUCUCACCGGCAUCUUGUAUUGGAUCGCACAGUUGCUUGGUGCUAUUGUGGGAGCUUUUCUCAUUAAACUGGUCACUGGAAUGGCUACUCCCACACAUGGCUUGGCAGCAGGAGUGGGAGCCAUCGAGGGAGUGGUGAUGGAGAUAAUCACCACCUUCGCCCUUGUGUACACCGUCUAUGCGACCGCUGCAGACCCGAAGAAGGGCUCGCUCGGCACCAUAGCUCCGAUCGCCAUUGGUUUCAUCGUGGGUGCCAACAUCCUCGCAGCAGGCCCAUUCUCGGGUGGAUCCAUGAACCCAGCCCGGUCCUUUGGACCUGCGGUAGCUAGCGGCGACUUCACCGAUAACUGGAUCUACUGGGUCGGUCCACUGAUUGGUGGUGGGCUGGCAGGCUUGGUCUACACCUACGCGUUCAUGUGCUCGGUGCAUGAACCAAUCGCCAGCAGCGAGUUCUGAGGCCAUCUCUAUAAUGAGUCCUUUGGGAUUACGUCCGUUGGGUUGUGGAAUCAAUUUGUUUCGGUUUGUGAUUAGCUGUAAAGCUGUGGGACUUUUGAUGUUGUUUCACUGUUUGUAACGCGAUGGAUGUGGAACUGCUGCUUUAUAGUUUAGGUGUCAGCUUUUCUGUGGAACCCUUCAGUUCAACCUCGUCUUUUUUUUUUUUAAA